CUUGUGAACUCAGAAAAUGAACUAAAAUAAACUUUUCAAGAACUUGACCCAACACUGUUUGCAUUAUAAGUAUAACUUCAUGUAUGUUACAGACAUUACAGAGAACAGCUGAGGUGGCAGGAGAGAUUGAGAUGACCAAAUCCCACCUGAACAAAACAAGUGAAGAUCUUCAGCAGUGGGUCACAGAUGUUCAAUUGUGGGCAGCAUCAACUCCGAGUACCAUCAGUUCACAUGACCCACAGGGGCUGCAGCGUCUAAUGGAAGGCUUGGUCCCUAAAAUCCACCAAAAGAAAAUGGAGUUGUACAGAGAGACAGACAACAACAAAGACAGGCGACGCAAGCGAUCUGCCAUUGCUAAAGAGAAGAGCAAACUAGAAGAGGCCAUAACAUCAUACAAUGCUCUGGUCUCAAAUGCAGAGGUUGUGGAUCCAGCAGACGCCCUUUUAGCACAAGACUUUUCAAUAUGGCCUUGGGAAACAGUUCAUCACCAUCCUCCACAGAACCAUAGACUGACUCCAGCAACUCAAGAUAUACUGCUGGCAAAGCUGGAGGUCGCACGUGCUUCACUACAUCUGCGGCUGGAGGCAACAAGCUAUCUAAGAUCCUCCGCGCUCUAUGCAAGUCUGAAACCGACGGGUCACUUAACAGGAGAUCUACACUUGCUCGCCAAGUAUCAAAAUCGGGUUCGUUUGGAGGGUGCGGGCUCCUCCCUGAGAAAACCCUAA